AGAUAGACAUGCAGCCGGGGGACAUCGCAGCUCCUGGUUACGUCUUCGGAGGGAUCGCCCCCUGUGGGAUUCCCUUCUACGUUUGUCAGGCUACCAACCAGUCAGUCUGGGAGUUGCCAUCUCCUUCUCAUCUAGUUGCAGAGAUUCUCACAUGUCACAAGAGGACAAGGACAGAGAGCUUGCACAGAGACUGCAAGCAGAGUUCGAAGCGGAGGAAAGAGAGAUGAAGAAGCAGGAGGAGGAACGGAUACAGCAGGAGCAGCAAACCCUCCUUGAGCGGCAGCUGCGUGAGCAGGCCCGGGGACAAGGACGGCAAGAGGAGCAGGCGAACAGCCCGAAGGAGGAAGUCAGCCGAGAAGUUCGGGAGGAGGAGAAGAGGAAGGCUCUAGAGCUACAGCAGAAGGAGGACGAGGUGAGGAGGAAGGAAGAGCUGCUCAGGAAGCAGGAGGAAGAGCUGCGGAAGAGAGUGAGGGAGCUUGAGGAGCUUUCGCUGAAGCAGAAACAAGAGCAAGAGAACAGAAACUCGUCGGACGACAUUCCCUUCGAAUAUCAGUGUCCCAUCACCAUGGACGUUAUGACUGAUCCUGUCAUAGCAAUGGACGGACACACAUACGAAAGACAAGCCAUAGAGAGCUGGUUGAAGAAUCACAAGAAGAGUCCCAAGACCAACCUGCCGCUCCCUUCCAACAUGCUCAUCCCCAACCACGCCCUCAAGAGCAUGAUCAUCGAGUGGAAGGAGAGCAGGAAGAAGAAGCGAUGAAGCAGGACGCAUGCGCUAGAGCAGGAGAAACAGAGAGAAUAGGAGGAGGAAGGAUCGGGUGGGUUGGGGGAGGAGAGGAGGAGGAGAAGGGGGAGGGAAGAGAGGGAGAGGGAGAGGGAGAGGGAGAGGAGGAGCAAAAGGAGCAAGAGGAGGAGGACAUCAUGGGAUUUCAAUAUUUGAAUAACAUCAAGAACGGCUCCAAG